CAUACGAAGCCACCGAUAAAACUUCUUUAUAUGUGUAUGUUUUGAUAUCGGGACGUGAGUGACAACCGCGCCACACACGGGUCUCAAAUUGACCAAGUUAAGUCUAAUACACGGUAGCACAAUGGUGUUUUAAUAAACUUACGAUCGUCGUGUUCAAAUAAUGUUAGUGUUACAUGUGAAUGACAUAAAAUGUGAAUAAGAACUCGCUAUCUUGUAGAGGCAAUGAGUUUUCUCAAGUAAUAAUUGCAUUGCGUGUUUAAUUAUUCAUUAAAACCGGUUUGAUGCUAGUCGGGUGCGUGAUACUGCUGUGAAGACGGUGUAGUAUUUGCGAUGGCGUUUUCACUUAACAAAUUGAAGAAUAUAUUGAACUCUAGCCGGGAUGGUCAGCUGGCGGGUAGCGGGAGCCUGGAGCCUGAGAUUGGGUUCAAGUUGUCCCUGCAUCCCCUCACCAAGAACCUGUACGUGACCGUUAUCGGCGCCCGGCACCUUCCGUCCUUGUUUGGGUUGAGUCGCGCCCAUGGGUACCUCGUUAAGGUCAAAGUUUUUCCGGGCGACAGCAAAUUUGAGACAACCCUACAAGAGAGCUCAUGGCCUGUGUGGAACGAAGACUUCAAAUUCCAUUUGAAGCCAAAAGAAACAACAAAGAAGUCGUCAGAAAAAACCAUCGACCUUCAGAACCAACUUGCGGGCCAUUUUUUGUCCCUAACCAUAUACGCUAUAUUAGAAUCUCCAAAACAAGAUGCUGACAAACGAAAAAGUAACAGUAAAACGCUAGAUGCAAAAAAGACGCCUAAAGUGACGGAUCAGGAAGAACCUAAAACGAAAUCGGGUUUUCUUGAGAAAACAUUUAGCAGUUUCAAAUCUACGAAAGUUGAAGCGAUAGCACAAAAAUCGAUAUUAGAAAAACGCAGAACGGUAGGAGCAGCCACGUGGAACUUUGAUUCCAAGUUAUUUCAGAAUGAUCUCAAGAAUGGCUUGAUUGGAACUCCGGAUAUUUGGAGACCAAUUAACGCUAUAGCAAGCGGACUCACCAGUAGCAACGAUGCCAGGAGAGAAAACAAGAAGGGACAACUGGAAGUGACAUUGCUGUACACGGCGAGUGAAGACGGGCUGAACGACAUAGUGCAGCUGACAAUUAACCGGCUGAGAUGCAGCGUGCAGACCAUGCAGGAACAGGAGCAGUUCAAAGCGAUGCUGUACCUAAAGGCGGCAAUAUUGGAAGCUAACAAAGCGGAAUGCUAUUGGAGGAGCGACAAGUUUGCCCCCACCAUCUCAGCCAGAUGGGAUCCUAAGACAUCCACCGUGAAGCUCUGCGCGUUCAAAGCCAACCUGAACAAAGUCAGCAUACACAUCAGCUUGGGUUGUAAGGCAAACACUUUGUCGAAGAAGGAUAUACUCGGCAGGGCAGUUGUAGAUGAGAAGUCAGCAUACUCCGACACGUGGAAGGAAUGCCUACGGCAGCCCGGCAUCCCUAAAACUUUCUGGGUAAACUUUGAGUGAUCACACAUGCUGUGAUAUUACGUGUUGUGGUUGUGGGGCGAUUAUUUCACUAUGAGACUAUGACCCGUGUCUGUUUGUAACACGGUUUCAAACUUAUGAGUCAGCUGUUUACAUAUUAAUGUUGUGAGACAAAGUAUACUUGGGGAUUACUUCGAAGUUACAGCUAUUACAUAAUAUUAAUUUCCACUAGUAAAUUAUCGAGCACUUGCUAUUGGUAUGAGUAAUCAAUUGCAUUGAUAUCGUUAUCUAUUGCGAGGAGAUAUAGAAAUGGCCAGUAUUUUGUAUUAUCAUUUGUAUGCGGGUUCGGUUUACUGCACAACAAUGUUAAUAUUAGAACAAUAUUAUAGUCAAACGACAUAUCUCUAAUACGACUAAGUAGUGUCAAAACUAGCUCCUGUAGGCUCUACACGAUAACCGCGCCGCGGCGCGAAUUAUAUCGAGGCCUUUGACCAAUAGCCGCUUGACGUCCAUCUACGUAGAUAGCAUUCGUAUAAUUUAUUGGUUGAAGCGCUCAAAUGGAAAAGCGCGGUUGUUAUGCAGAUCCGGCUGAUCAAUUUUCAACUUAUUUAAACGUUAUAAAAUCCGUGGAGCUUUUAGAUUUAACCUAAAUUUAGUAUACAGAUUAGACAAGAACUGAACAAAUAUUGAAGUGCUAUGAUGAAAUAACAUAUUUUUGCCAUUGCAUUGUUUAGUUUGCAGAGUUAUAGUCUCUCCCUUAUCUAGUAUUAAUGGAUUUCGGUCGCAUCAGUGUUAUUUAACAUUAAGUAUUCUAUAUUUUGAACGGACACGCUAAACAAAUACAGUUGACCAGAUCUUCAACCAUCAAAAUUGUAAGUAUAGUAGUCCAGAAUAAUUAAUCUGUCCUACUCGACCGUAAUGUGCGUCAAUCCAAUAAUUGUAGGUAACUCUGCAGCCUGCAUUGCAGUUAUGACGUUAAUUAGUAGCGCAGUAAGAGCUACUUGUGACGAACGUCAUCUUAUGUGAAGCACCAGCUUAUCAUUAUGUAGCAUGAUGUUGGAAACAUUAUUUGGUGUCGUUACAUUUUUGUUUUGAUUUACAUAAAGACAAAUUUAUACCCUAAAUACCUUGUGAUUGAAUUACAAAUACCUAUUAUUAUAUGCACAAAUGCACAAUGUGUCUUUACAUUUAUAAAUCUAGUUAUUAAGCAAAACAUUUCUAAUCUCCAAUGUGUGAUUUACGAGUAUCAGUAAGACUGUUGUUGUAUUCUAUACAUAUUACGUGUUUACAUUUAGUUCAUUGUUAUAUAACUUGUCACAUUUUUUUUUGUAUAUUUUUAUAAUGGAUUUUAUAAGUAACAUUAUUGCAGAAAUUCGCAAAUCAAAUAAGUAUCGAAAACUAUUGGGAUAUAGACAUAGACAAGACAAAAUUUAACGAUUUUUAUUUAGGUAUGUGUUUUAAGCAGUUUUGAUUACCUAUUAUAACUUUGUUUGUUUCUAGUAGUUGUGCAACUCCCUUUAAAAUUAUAGGUGCUUUAUUCAAACGACUAGUCUACGUUUAUACACCUAUUUGAAAUAUUUCGAAUGCCCUUGUUAUUUUUAGAUGAUUCAUUAUUUUCACUAAAAAAUAUUGGAGCUAGGAAAACUUUUGCCUAUUCUAAAUUGUUUGUGGUUGAUGACAUUAUUAUACUCAAAAAUUUUGUGAGCAAUACACAACUGAGUCCAGAGACCCAUUUAAUAAACAUUACGAUUAUAAAACACCUUUUUAAUUCAAUGUACACUGCAGAGCGUGUGAGCAAAUUUAUCAGAGACAUUAUAAAGCUUCAUAGUGGUGACGCAGUGAACACCGAAAUGUAACUGUAUCUUACAAUUGUAAUGUUGAUUAAGGCGUUACUCUUGUGUGAGUGAAAAGUCUCGAGGAGUAACCAAGGGCUUGUUACAACUACAAUAUGAGGUUUAAUAUGUGUCAUUAAAUCCUAUUUCUAUGCAUGUGACGUUGGGACAUAUCACCAUGAACGGAAUGCAUUCAUUUGCAUGUAUUUCAUUUAUCUUUGCGUCUCAAGGUUGUAGGGUCAAUGUGGAGGUAGUAAAAGGUUGUACCAAUGACGCAAGAAAUAUCGUUUUAAACGCGCACGUCAUUUGACCUGUACGUAUCACGGGCGUGAGACAGAGUUACUAAAUAGUUACUUCAGGUAAAGUCGAUUUGUUACUGACACCCCAGCCUCUAAUAUCAACGCUUGUACUUUGUAUACUUAUUUCGAUCUUAAACGGAAGCAUCUCAUUAUUUGAGGGGAAUACCAACAUUGGAAUAGGCCAUUUUGUCCUAUAUACAGGGUGUUAGUGACAUGGUAACGAAAACUUUGAGGGAUGAACCAGGCCAUGAUUCUGAGUUGAUAUCAAGUGGAAUUUUUCGUUGUAAAAGUAUGGAAUGGAAAAUAAUUAAAAAAAACAAAAAAUUCAUGAAUUUUCCGACAGCAAAUUUCACUUAAUAUCAACUCAGAAUCAUGGUCUGAAUCAUCCCCCUCAGUAUUCGUACGGUGUCACUAACACCCAUACCUACUUGUAUGGCUACCUGUAUGUACUGGUACGGGGUGUAAGUGACAUCGUAACGAAUACUGAAGGGGCUGAUUAAGUUCAUUAUUCUGAGUUAAUAUCAAGUGGAAUUUUCGAUCACAAAAGUAUAGAAUUGAAAAUAAUUAAAAAAAUACUAAAAAAAAACAUGAAUUUUGCGACGGAAAAUUCCACUUGAUUUUAACUCAGAAUCAUGGUCUGAAUCAUCCCCCUCAGUAUUCGUUACGAUGUCACUAACACCCAGUAUAUUUCUAAUGCAAGUCGUUAUUUUUCAUUUAUAAGUGGGUGUUAUUCAGUUUUUGCGGUCACUAGCGAGCUCCGUCCAGUCCCUAUUAUAACAAAUAAAAAUGGUGCUGAUUCCAUUAGACACCUCUUAAUUUUAUUUUAAGUUAUAUUUCCCUUUUUUAUCCCCCGAAAAGCAGGGAGACUUCUGAUUGCUAGCUGAUAAUUUUAAAAUGAAUGAGUGAAUGGAACAACAACCCGUAGAAAACCAAUAGACAUCUCGCCUCUAUGCUAUUCAUUUAACAUAAUAUGCUGUUAACUUAGUUAUGUCGGGUUAUACGCCAACGUUAUUAAACGUAAAGGUUUUUUUUAACAAUUCUGUUUCCAUAUUUUUUUAGCAUAUGAAUUACCCUUAUCAGCAGAUUAUAAGAUAAUGUAAGGUAUAACUUAAAAUAAAAUUAGGUCUGUCGUCUGUUGGGAUCAACACCAACUAUCUAUGCUUGACUUUCUGUCAACAGGGUGAAAUCAUGUUAUGACAACACUAUUCGAUUACUUGUAUGUUUUAUGACAACCUAGUUAUUCCAGGCAUUAUUUAUUAAACUAAUUUUAUUAAUGAUAUUUUGGUGGCUAAUUAUUGUUAUUUUUAUGUGACAUACAAUUUUAUAUAUUUUGAAAUAAAAUGUUGUAUUGAAACUCGUGUA